AUGAUAUCAGAUGACAUAUAUUGGGUGCCUUAAGGAGUUAAGGCUGAUUGCACUAUUGAUGACUUAAUCCACCCCAAUGUACAAAAGUUUUCUACUUUCUAAAUUAAUUUUAAUCAAAUAACAGAGAAGGUCGAAGAUAAGAAGCAAAAGUUCAUAGAAGAUGAAAUUUUAGAAUUGUUGGGGAUAACAGAAGAAGAUCUGUUAUUAGAAUCAGCACUCCAAACUUAUGAUCAUAAAUUAUAUAUUGAGGAAUUGAUUUAAGAAGCCUUGCUAGAUAAAUAAUAAUAAAUCCAAUUCUAACCAUAAUAAUAAUCUAAUAAUCUCAAUAGUUCGUUUAAAACUUUAUAUGAAAGAUAGUACCUGUCUUAUGCAGAUAGCACCUUUAAUUUAGAAGAAGAAAUCAACUUCAAGACUCCAGAUUUAGCAUCAUUAUAAUUGUUAUUAUAAUAAUAUUGCAAAGACAACGAUGACCUUGAAGAUAUGGAAUCCUAUUUUACCAAUAACUAAUAAAGUAAAAUAAUUCAUAAAUUUACACAAUUAAGAGGGCAAGCAAAGCAGUUGGUUUUUAAUUAUAUAGAUUUAUAAUAAAAGGAUAAUUAAUUUAUAGAGAUUCUAUCUUAAAAGUUGAAGGAGCUCUCACUAAUCAAUCCUGUUAAGACAGAGCAUUUGCUUGAUUAUUUUAACAAAGAUUAAUUGAGAAAUAUAUUAGACAAGUAAAUACCAAUAGUGAGAUUUAAAAUCCUUUAAAAUUUACAAAAGGAUGAUAAGUUGAUGAUUGAAUAUUUUGAACUAAUAUGUUAAUUGCAUCCUGAUUAAGCUAUAACAGAACUUUAAAAAGGAGGUUAUCCCUAGGAUGAAUGUUUGAAAUUGUGUAGAUUUUAUGGCAAUUUGAAAGGUCUGGCCUUUUUAUUGGAGAGGAGCGGUUCAGUUUUGGAGGCCAUUAAUUUACAAUUUGAUGUAAUGAUGAUUAUAAGAAAAUAUAGCUAUUUAUUUAAGGGUUAAAGUAAUAAUUGCAGAAGAAUCCAAAAUUGUUGGAGGGAUAGAAGGAGUUAUUUAAUUACAUUGAUGAGAACUUGGAGCCGACUUUGAGUAUUUGCAGAGCGAAUACAAAGAGAAAUGAUGAUGAAAGUGAUGUAGAUAUAUUACUGAUAUAAAAUAGAACAAUUGGUUUUAGGUUUUAAUAAGGUUGACAAAAUUAAGAUAGGAGUUUUAUAAGAUUAGAUUCUAUCCUGUUUUAAGAUGUUUUAAUUCACAUUUCACAAGGUUGUUAGAGGAAGUAUUGGAGAAAACAAAAAUAAAAAGCUUACUUGAAGUAAUGUGUAAUAAAUUUAUUUAUUAUAGAAUUUAAAUGAGACAAUGAAAUAUUUUGAGUUUCAAGAGCUGAAGUCAACAUUUUCUUAGCUUCUUUCAGGCUAACUUUAUGAGUUGGCCAUUUACGGAUAAUCAACAAUGCUUAUAAAGCAGACAUGUAAUAAAUAUUUAGUGUAAUUGUUUAAAUAAACAUAAUCUGGAUUAUCAGUUGAUAUUUAUUGUACUCAUUGUUAGAAGCUUAUUGAAAUGGCGUCUAAAGUUUAUAUUGAUUGUAAACACUCAUAUCAUCUUGAAUGUUCAUCAGAACAACUUUGUAAGGCAUGUAUUAAUAACUUUGGAUCAUUAAUGAAUAAGUUAUUGAUUCUCUACACAAAUAAAAAGAGUACGAGAUUGUAGGUUCCAAUGCAGACAGUUGAACCUAAUUAAUAGAAGGUGGAGGAUACAAAUCAAAGAUAGAAUAAAUUAAAUAAAUUAAAAGACUUUGAUGAUUUACGAUAAAAUAAUAAAGGGUAUUGA